AUGCCGAAUACACUGGUCAUCUGGAUCUUCUCGGUCACUUGUCUACAUGCAGGAAGCGUUCCUAACACUACACCACCUACAGCUACAUCUGACGACUCCGUCACCACAUCAUCACCUUCACAAUUUAAUUUCAAUGAACAACUGUCAAAAAUCAAUAAUUCUUUCUUACCCUGCCAUGAAUUCAAUCAGCUAGUGGGCGAUUUAGUCAGCGGUGACGUUGCAGAUAGUUACAACCAAUACCUGCUUAAGACUGCUCAUCGAGCUAUUGGGCUCAGCGAAUUACGUACCGUUCUGGGAUUUCACCAACCCGUUGAGUGGACUGCUGAAUAUAUACAAAGCGAUGAGGAUUUGAAAGACGACUUAACAAUUGAGAAGUACUACGAGCGGAUGGAAUCUAAAUAUUGUUAUUUUUUGUAUUCAUUAUUUUUCGAAUCACAACUACUUUCGGGAAUGGACUUUAUGGACAAGCACCUGCCAGCUGUUCGAAAUGUUUACCGACGGAAAUUUGAAGAAAAUCGGCGUAUUACCAGCACAAAAUUGAUUGUCGAUAGGGAAGAAGUAGACCGGAUGCUUGAAAAUUAUAUAGAUAUUAAAGAUCAAAUGGAAGACGCAAUUAUAGGAGUUUUGAGAAACCAGAAGUCUUGUAACUCUGUUGAUCCGAAACACGAGAAAAAAAGAAAGGAGGAUUCAGAGAAAGUCUCUAGUUUUCAUGAUUUCUAA